GCUGCUCUUCCUCCUACUACAGCGGCGACGGCGGUUUUCAACGCGACGUUCUCGCAGCCGCGAAUUCGAUGCGCGACGAAAGCAGCACGGUCAUGGAUACGGCGGGCCGACGAUCCAUAGCUGGGUCUUACAAUCUUAUCGAACGCAAUCUACGGACAACGAAAUGGCACAUGCUUUAACAUACAUGUAUACAUAAUAUAUAUGUUUAGUGUCUAUUUAUCUUUCGAAUUUAUCGUCGCACGUUGCUCACUAGCUGUACGGACUACGGACACGCGCGCGUUUCUAUUUAUUAUUUCUCCUUCUCUCUCUCUCUUUCUCCGUUCGUCACUUCACCACGGCGCACUGCUGUCGUGGACGGUGCAUGUUAUCAGUAGUGUCCACCGUCCCGUCGACGACGUCGUUCCCCACCGCGCGCCAACGCACGAGCCACCUCUUUCUCCUCCUCUUCCUCCGCCGCCUCCUCCUUGUCCUCCUCCACCUCCUCGUCGUCGCUGUCGCUACUGGCGUCGCCGACGAUCGCUAUCGGUACGCCGCGCCGCCGUACGCGCCAACAACAACGAGGAUGUCGGCGAUGAUACGUCCGACGUUCGGCGAAAUAUUAUCGCAUCACUGGAGCGCAACCACCAGCACGGCUGGCAUCGUCAGACGACGAGCGAUUUACUCGUCGGCACGUCACGACGCAAUGGCGUAUCGAUCGCGACGACGGCGGCGGUGGCGGUGGCGGUGGUGGCGGCGGCGGCGGCGACGGCGGCGGCGGAGUACGCACCGUAUGACCGUGGAGAAGGCGACGAUGACGACGACGACGAUGGGUUACAGCGGACACUCGCAGCGGGAGCACGCAUUAUUUCUUACCGCGCCGCGAGAGGUGUCAAUGAUGACGAUCCGAUCCCGAUCUCGGGGCGACGUGGUAACCGAUGGACCAUCCGCCGAUGCGAGCGCACGCACGCACGAGCUCUGCGACGCGAAUAUUUUUCUGUCUUUCCCUCUCUCUCUUUCUCCUUCUCUUCCUGUCUGCCUCCUCUCGCCCGUCGGUCUCUCUCUCCCUCUCCCGCCCUAUGCACAGACGCUAACGAGACAACGGCAGACCUCCGCGAUAUAUACGUACGCUUUUCACGCACGCUCCUCCUCGCCCACCGCGCUUUCGUGGACGACGACCGUGUGGAUGGCCGUCUCUCGUUUUUUUCUUUCCCUCCCUCUCGCUCGCUUGCCCGCGCUCCGCGAAGUCUUUUUGCUCUCGCGCGCGAGCGGAGGGGCCCUUCUCCUUCUCUCUUUCUCUCCCGGCGAUGUCCGUGGCUAUACACAUGCGCGCGACCGCGUAAACACGACGAGACGAGAAUCGGAGACGACGGAGCCCUUGAGAGCGAGACUGUCUCCUCUCAUGCAGAACACAUGUACACGUGCACGCACACACUCUCCCUUUCCGUCUGCCUGUCUGCGUACGCGUGUGUACGUGCACGUUCCUCGCGCUUCCUCGGUGCGAGUCCUCAACCGGCUCCGUAUACCGCGUGACGAAAAAGUUACCUCGUGCGGACCUUGUCUACGACGCGACGUCUUUUUAAAUAUUUUUUUUUUUUAUUUCUCUUUCUCUCUUCAAUGUUAAAUAUUUUGGCAAUUAAGUGCCAAUUUUUAAAAUAGUUUCAAGGUUAUCGUCGUUUUCUUAAAGAUCAUGUUCUCUUUGCUGCAAGAACGAAUGUUCUUCGACAUCGCGGUCUCGCCAUGAUCCUACAUCCAACUUCUCGGCACCCGGUACGUGCACGCGCGCGUUUCUGCACGCACGCCUCGGUGUGCGUGCCGCGAGCUCCGCUCGGCCGCGCGCACGCGUCCGCUUGGUGGUAAAGAAUCACCGUAAACUCCGCAUGCCUGUCUCGUUCCCCUCUACGAGCAUCGCGGCCGCCGCCGCCGCCGCCGACGGCGGCGGCAACGACGACGACGACGACGACGACGACGACGACGUCGGCCACUCCUCCCUUUUCUUCCCCUCUCUCGCGACAACCGGCCACCUACUGCGCACCAUCGCGCCUGUCGCGAACAGUGCCGGAGCAAGAAAAUAGAUUCAUGCUGCUACAUUAUCAUGCAGGAUCCACGUAAAACGCUCGUAUUAAUCUAUCCUAUUACAGUAAAUUACUGGAGCUCCUUGUGACCUUAAGGGCAUCCUAGUUCCUGUAAAUGUUUAUUCCUAACGCUGUAUGCUUUGUUCCUACAGCUACAACACGUGGCUCUCUAGAUAUAUUUAAGCAGAAGGAAAAAGCGGAGCAUUGGAGCACUCGGAAAUAUCUCUAUAUAUCUCGCUCCGUUUGCGAACUAUUGUCUUUGGAUUUCAUUCAGGACAAGGACGUAAUGUCGGGAAGCAGCGAAACCCGUUAUGAACUUCUCUCCGCUUCGGUCCUGGCCACAUCCCUGCGGUCCCCUCACCGCGUCUCCUAAAGAGAGCAGGUGUGUGCGCGUCAUACGCAUGUGUGUCAAUCCGUACACACACACAUACGCACGUAGGCCGCAACGCGCAUAGCUCGGUUACGACGCGCGGUCGGCGGCACGCGUCUGUGUGAAUCGGACGCCGACAGCCGUCUAGUCAUGUGACCUUCCCGUCAAAAUAGCCUGCGUACCUCCCCGCGCAUCACGCACACACUCGUACACGGCGGCGGUAUGCCACACACGCAUCCGCGGACGACGACGUAGAGGUGCGGCCGCGGCGUGCGCGCUCUUGGGUAUCGUUGCCAUCUUGUGUUCAUUGUCAGGGACGGCACGAGUCUCCGGUGUUGACGACGAUGAUGAUGAUGACGACGCGCUCCCCGUUUUUUCCGGGGAGUAGCCGCCUCCGGACGCCAUCCUUAACGCAUUGUGAAAAUGAUGGAAAAGAUCGUUAGCUAAAUUCCGAGGAACUUAUUUAGGAACGCAUAAACGCCUCAUGUCUUCUGAAAAUAUUAAAAUAUCACGAAUGUAAUUAAAUGAUAAAAAUAGUACUACAUAUUUAAAAAAAAGAACAGGUAAAAUUCUAAUAUAGUUUUUUUAUCGAAUAGUCUACAAAAUAAAAUAUUGUAUCUCCAUUUAUUAUUCCUGCUCAUUUGGAACUCUAAAUUUGUAAAAUGUCAGUCAUAGAAUAUAAUUUAUACAGAAUACUUAUCAUACUUAUCAUACUUAUCUAACUUAUAAAUAAAGAAUGUAUUUUUACAAUAA